AUGCCGCGGGAGCCGCGGCAGCAGCAGCAGCAGCAGCAGCAGCAGGCCUUUGCCUGUACCCGGCAGCGCAGCUGUGCUGCCCGAAGACAAACUCCAGCAGCAGCAGCCGCAACGCCAGCAGCAGCAGCAGAAACAGCAGUCGCAGCAGCAACAACAGCACUGGAACAGAAACUCCCGCCACGCCAAGGCGGCUGCUUGCGGCAGACGCCGGGGUGCGGCAGCAGCAGCAGCAGCAGCAGCGCGCGUCUUUGCUGCUGCCAGCAGCGACGUAAUGCAGAGACACUGCAGCGCACUGUGGGCAGCAAAACGAGGGCAGCAGCAGCAGCAGCGCGUGAAACCGGACACGAUGGUGCUGCUGCUGCUGCUGCUGCUGCUUUUGCUGUCGACCACGCGCACAGCGAGCUCGGCACAAGAGCACCUGGUUAUGUGUCGCAGCAGGAGCUGUUGCUGCAGCAGCAGCCUCAGCAGCAGCAACAGAACCAGCUGCAGCCCCUUCUUCGCCUGCAGCAGCUGCAGCAGCCGCAACAGCUGCUGCUGGAGCAGCCGCGGCCAAAUCCACCAGACCCUCCUGUCCAGCCAUGGGAUGCUGCGCCGUCUCAUCCGCAGCAGCAGCACUUCUUGCAGCAGCAGCAGCAGCGACAGCCGCUGCUGCAGCAGCCACAGCAGCAGCAUCAGCAGCUAGAGCCGCUUCUACAGCAACAGCAGCAACAGAUGCUGCAGCAGCAACAGAUGCCCAUUCAUCAAAGGCAGCAACAGCAGCUUUUGGAGCAGCAACAGCAGCUGCAACAACAGCUGCAGCUGCUGCAGCAGCUGCAACAGCAGCUGCAGCCGCUGCAGCGGCAGCAGCAGGCAGCAGCAGCAGAUUGUGUCGCCACCAGCAGCAACAGUACAUAUAUCGCCGAUAGGCGCUGCAGCAGCAACGCAGCACUGCAUGUCAUCUGGGGCUGA